AUGGCUUUGGACAUCCUUGCUGUGGGCGCUCUCUACCAAGGCCCUAACAUCAACAGAAUAAGGCCUAUGGCAGAGGCAUCCAAAAAGCCGGGCUCCCCGCUUAGAGCCCUGGUCCCCUCUAAGACCAAACUCACCACCAUUGAGACCAAGAGGAUCAUGUCCAUACUGGAUGAGACCAUCCACAAGGUGGAGCUGGUGACCCUCCUCUCCUGUGUGACAUCCAAUAGAGAAGAUCUGGAGGGAGGGCUGGGAAGGGACAUUGCGAAGGCCGUGAGGGAGCAUGAGGACCUCUGCCAGGCCCUGCUGGGCAAGGUCAGUUACCUGCGGGAUGAAGAGCGGCGGAUGCAGGAGGAGGAAGAGUUCGAGGACGAAAGGUGGUUCCGGGACCGCCGCCUCUCCCUGGAGCAGCAGAAAUCCCACCUCCUGUCACUAAUGCAGCAGAUCAAAGAAUCCACCAAGAACGUCCUGCGACUCUUGCUCGGCAACCCACAGGCUGCCCGGCUCUUGCAGAUGCAGGCACCGGGGAGAAGCGCAGGAGCCCAGAGCUUUAUCGAUAGCCUGGUAGAACUCCGGGGCUUCCUGUUUGAGAAACUACUCACUAGUCCCAUGGAAGCUAGGGACAAGGCUCAGUUCAUACAGGAUGUCACCAGACGAAACAAAAGGAACCAAGAAACCAUUGCUGCUCUGGAGAGCGAAGUGGCGGCGAGAAUGAAGGACAGGGAUACAGAGGACGAGUACGAGGAGCUGGACAUCAUCCACAAGGAGGAGAAGGUCCAGCUGGAGGAGCUGCAGCAGAGGCACAACGUGCUGGUGGAAGAGUUCGCCCAGAUCCGGGCGGAGCGGGAGGUCAACUCCAAGAAGAGGCUGGAGGGUGAGCAGGAGAUGGUGCGCAUGGUGCGGGCUGCCACGCUCAUCCAGGCCGUGUGGAAGGGCUAUCUGGUCCGCUCCAUGCUCAAGUCCAGGAGAAAGAAGCGUGGCAAAGGCAAGGCCAAGGCCAAGGCCAAGGCCAAGGCCAGGGAGAAGGCCAAGAGCAAGAAAUGA